GACAUAACCUCUCCUUUGUGCCAGGACGAAAGGCUGCCGGUCGAGUGCUUCAGUGGGUGUGGAAAAAAGGGGUGGGCGAUCUGCCGACGGUCCGCACCUACCUGCUUCUGCCCGUGUGCACGGUGAAACGGCUCUUUGUCUUCUACCGGAUUCUGCCCUUCUUCGGGGUGAAGUGGCUUGCCAUCGUUGUCUGGGGUCGUGUUUGGGCUCUUGACUUGAACCUGGUGACGUGCAAAAGGGGUGACUUUGUCUGGCUUUUCCCCUUUCUCCUCUUGCCCUUCGUGAUCAUCAUGGCCGAACCUGUUGAUGUUCCGAUGCUCGAUGUCCCCUCCCCCACCGAGAUUGCGGAGGGUGAUGAAGAACAAGAGGACAUGGAUGUCAAGCAGGAAAAAAGGAAAAGAGAUGACGAAGGGCAUGGAAUUGGCAGCCCCGUUCAUGCUGCUCCAUGCGUACCAGAAGAUGAUGAUGCAGACUUGGAAAGCCCUACAAAGCGAGAUGGCUCCGACUCGCACCCCUUCAAUGAGACCUUGGAUGAGUCCUGCAUGCUGGGCUAUGCAGUGCUGACUCUGCUCGUGUCCUUCCAGAAGCUGCUGUCACCACAGACGCUGGAUGUGUGGUACCUCUUGUUGCAGACUUUAAUUACGGUGCCAAUGCUUUUUGAGACCAGAGAGAACCUCGAGAAGACGUCGAAGGCUUCGCUCUUCUUUCGCCUCCUCCUGGCCACCCUCGCCCGACGCACAUGGCUUGUCAUCUUGGCGAACAUCUUGUACUGGGUGGCUGUGGUUCAUCACACGAACUUCUCUCCGUCCUGCGACAUCUUCCAGAGUUUGACCCUGGAGAUUGUCCUGUUGCUGGUGACCGUGGUGGCUGUGAGGCUUCAGCAAUACAGCUGGACCUGCACAACCUUGGAUUUGAAGAGCGCUCGAGUCGACUUGGAUGCAUCCUCGACUCUGCUCCGAUCCCUUUGCGACACUGUCGUGGAGGUAGACUCGGACCUGAAAAUUCUGCAGAAGUCGAAGACAUCCUGUUGUGUUCCGGCCCUGCCCAUUUGCAACGGGAAGGGUGGGAACCUACUGAGCUUCUUCA